CGGGGCAGCAGCUGGCACCAUGCAGAACGCCCUGGGGCCCGCCUGCAUCUUCCUGCGCAAGGGCAUCGCCGAGAAGCAUGGGCACCGGGAGCUGGGAGCGGAUGAAAUCGAAGAGCUGCGCGAGGCCUUCGCGGAGUUCGACAGGGACGGGGACGGGCUGAUCGUGCAGGAGCUGGGCCAGCUGAUGCGCACCAUGGGCUACAUGCCGACCGAGAUGGAGCUGCUGGAGCUCUCGCAGCAGAUCCACAUGAACCUGGGGGGCCGGGUGGAUUUUGAAGACUUCGUGGAGCUGAUGACACCCAAGCUGCUGGCCGAGACAGCCGGGAUGAUCGGGCUGCAGGAGAUGAGGGACGCCUUCAAGGAGUUUGACGCCAACGGGGACGGGGAGAUCACGCUGGAGGAGCUGCAGCUGGCCAUGCAGCGCCUCAUGGGCGAGCGACUCACCCCCCGCGAGAUCAGCGACGUGGUCAAGGAGGCCGACAUCAACGGGGACGGGACCGUCGACUUCGAGGAGUUUGUGAAGAUGAUGUCACGCUGAGGGGGGCUGAGCCCCCCCCCCGAGAUCAAAGACUGACCUUGGACAGGGGGUUGAGCCCGACGCUGUCAAGACACCACCAAGAUUAACCCCCAAAUCGCAACCUCCAGCUCCCCUCACCUCCCUGCCAGCUACCCCCAGAG